AUGUCCUCCCGUCCUCCGAGUACCUCCACUUCCCCAUACAAUGAAGCUCUCGGGUUCGGCUCCGAUCACGCCCAGGGCCCCUCCAGGAAGAAGAUGCGAAAAGGAACAAGGAGUUGUUUGGAAUGUCGACGGCGGAAAAUCAAAUGCACCUUUGAGCCUGGGAGACCCGCCAUCUGCAACGAAUGUUACGCUCGGGGUUCCACAUGCAUCGACCAAGAGCAUGGAGAUGUCCACGCAUACUCUCAAGUGACUACAGACCUGCCGUCAUAUAGUUUGCGAGAGCGGGUGACCCAACUGGAAGAUCUGGUGAAGCAGGUGUUGAAUCGCUUGCCAGAAAAGCCGAGCAAUACUUCCUCCAAUUCCAACUCCGACUCUACCUCCGCCUCCGACGCAGACAGAAGCCACGUUGAUGCUCAGGCUGCCGAAGUCCUCAAGAGUCUGAAAGGGUCAUGGCGGCAAGCCAACGCCGGUGCAGAGGAGUCGCUUCUCCUUCCAGUCGGCCUUCGAGACGACGCCCCUGUAUUGACGCUGUUCGACAAUGCCGUCAUCACGAGGAAAGAAAGCCAAGCCGUCGUGUCCAGAGCUCAGUAUAACAAGACGAAAACCCUUCUGGCCGCACUAAACAAGUUACUACCCCCACCGCAAGAUCUUGAGACCAUACUAGAUUCGAGCCAUGAGUGGUGGGCGAUCUGGAGGACAAUAUUCCCCGAGAUGACAGACAGCCGGUGUGAAACGAUCAAGGAAUCUGUCUCCCAUUCUUUACGUUCAGAAAAGCCGGCCGAGCUGGCCAAGAUUAUGCUCUGUAUUGCCUUGAGUAUUCAUCAAUUGCCGGCCGAUUUCGACUGGUCUCAACUGUCAAUCAAGGAGGAACCGGCGGCUCUGAUGGAACGGUAUAUUGCCACAGUCGACAAGUUGAUCACCUCGGAUGACGAAAUCGCCGCCACAAUAGACGGCAUUGAAUGCAUGAUGCUUGAAGCCAAAUAUCACAUCAACAUGGGCCGACCAAGACGUGCCUGGCUCCUAUUCCAUCGCGCCAUCGCGUUUGCACAACUCCUCGGUUUCCACAGAUUACCCUCUCAAGUAGACAAGACAUCAUCGGACUAUCGACGCUCAGUCGUUAUCUGGUGUCACCUUAUCAUAGGCGACCGAUAUUUAGCCCUCCUACUUGGCCUUCCCUAUUCGGUUGCCGAUGCCUUUGUUACACCGCACAUCCCUUCAGCUGCUGGCGUUUCUUCGCCAGCAGAGGCCAUCGGUGGUGAAACAUACGUCGCCAUGAUGCUCCCCAUCCUCACCAGAAUCAACGAUAGGAAUCAAAGCGUGACGCCUAUGGGAUACUCUGCCACAUUGCGAUUAGAUCAGGAACUGGAGGAGUUAUACGGUACCCGAGAUGCUUCGUGGUGGUCUAUCGACGUUAUCCCGGGCAUCCCUACAGAGGCACACUUUGAGCGGUUACAAGCACAGUUUCUCCAUCACCAGGCCAGAGUCCUUCUUCACAUGCCAUUCAUGCUCCGAUCGUCCGCCGACAAGAGAUAUCAGUACUCACACUCCGCGGCUUUAGAGGGUGCGAGAGAAAUGAUUCGAAUCUACGACGCGCUACGGACGAACAAGGACGUAGGGCCAUUUAUCUGCAAGUUGGUUGACUUCCAGGCCUUUACAGCCGCUAUGCUACUAUUGUUGAAUCUCUGCGGAUACGCGCAGCAGCAUCGCGGGAACAGCGGGCAACCCGUCGAUCUCGAGCAAGAUCAAGCAGACUCCCAACUUAUUGAUCAAGCGGUUACACUGCUCAAACACGCAGCAACGGAACCUGGUGGUGUGGUUGCGGCGCAAUCCGCGCAAGCUCUCGAAAUGCUGGCUCGAGUUCGACAAGGCUGUGACGAGGCCGACCUGAAACAAUGCCGAAGCGAGUCGGUUCAAGUGUCGAUUCCCUACUUCGGCACCAUCUCCAUCGGGCUCGGCAAAAAUUUCGUUCCCAUCAAGCCAGGUACCUAUGUGCGAGGGACAGCUGGUGCAUCGUUGACCAACACCUCCAACCCAGCCAAGUGUGUAUCUCACAUGGGUCUCCCCACCCCUCCCUCCAUAUCAUCCGGCAGCACACAACAGUCACCCUUGUCCACGACGAUAGACAACCCACACUCCCAGGCAUCAGCUCCGCAAGCUCAGCGUCUGCCCAUCUACGAAUCCACCACCUACAUCGCCCCAGGAUUGGAACAUGCGUGGCCUGACUCGGACGAUCCGUUUGUCACUUUUGACAGUUUCAUGGCCUUUCCUUCAGGACCUUCGGACGGCAUGACCGGGACGUCUGGCUUUGCUCCUCAGCCGACCUCGCAGAGUCCACAUGGUAGUGCGACGCAUGAUCUCAAUGCGGACGCCGCUGCCAGAGGCCUUGGCCAUGUCCCAGGACAGGGGUAUUCAUUCGGGUCAAACCCUUUCGGCCAGGUACCAGUGGAUCUCGAUCAAGGCUGGAACUGGUUUGGAGUUGACGCUCCAUCGUCAUAA